AUGGCCACGGGCGAGCUGACGGAGCUGGAGAUGGCCAUCGAGAAGAUCGUCACUGUCUUCUUCACCUACGCGGGGAAGGAGGGCAAGAAGGGCACGCUGACGGCCAGCGAGUUCAAGGAGCUCGUCCAGCUCCAGCUGCCCAACCUGAUGAAGGAUGUCCCCUCCCUGGAGGAGAAGAUGAGCGAGCUGGACGUGAACAACGACGAGGAGCUGAAAUUCGGCGAGUACUGGCGGCUGAUUGGGGAGCUGGCGAAGGCCAUGCGGAGGGAGAAAGCAGGGAAGAAGAAGUGA